AAUUGUAUCAUGACAUGGCUACUUGAACAAUGAACAUGUCUACUUGAACAAUGAACAUGGCUACUUGAACAACUAAUCACAAAUCAUUACGUAUCAACAAAUGAACAUUUGACUAUUUCAGCGAUCGCUUCGUAGCUAAAAUCGGCUACUGAAGGCAAUGGCAACGUCGGAUGACAAGUACAAUUCAGUUGCUGGGUUUGUUUAUAUCUUCAAUUUGAUUGUUGGAGCAGGUGCCUUGACAUUACCCAGAGCUUUUAGUGAAGCUGGCCUUCUGCUAUCAGCCAUUGUUGUUGUUACACUUGCCUUUCUUAGUUUUGUGACAUGUUCAUUUAUGGUGGAAUCUAUGGCAAUUGCUAACGCUUUUCUAAAGGGAAAUUAUCAAGAAACGGAGAAUGAAGGGAUGACAAACGAAGAAAAGAAUUUGUUGGAGAAUUCUAUUAAUGAAGAAUCGCUGUUUAAAAUCGAAAAGAAAGUAGAAAUGGGUGAAAUGGCCAGAAUGUUUUUUGGAAAAAUUGGCAUUCGUUUAUUCUAUCUUUGUAUCGCUAUUUAUCUCUAUGGUGAUCUGGCGAUAUACGCGACGGCCGUCCCUAAAUCAUUGCGUGAUGUGAUUUGCGAAAAAUCCUCGAGUCCUGCUGCUAACAGCUCCCAUAGUCAUGUUGCCAAUGUUUCCAACGCAACAAAUUCUUCGACAACGUCGCCAAAAAAAGAUAAUUGUUUUGGCUUGAAGGAAGAUACGGUGUAUCGAAUUAUAGUGGCCGCAUUUGCCGUUUUGGUUGGUCCAUUUGCAUUCACCAACGUACAGAAGACAAAAUACAUUCAAUACAUCACAACAUUGUUGCGCUGGUUAUGUUUUGGUUUGAUGAUUGUCGUUGCUGUAGUCCGUCUUGGACGCAAUAAGGGGGCUGGUACUCCCAGUAUUGCUGAUUUCUCGGGUACUCCAGAUCUGUUUGGGGCUUCUGUCUACUCUUUUAUGUGUCAGCAUUCCCUCCCGUCUCUUAUUACUCCAUUAAGGAGCAAGCGUCACGUGAACAGCAUUCUGUUCCUUGAUGUCGGCGUUGCCUUGUUGUUCUACAGCCUUCUCUCCUUCACUGCAUUGUUUACGUUCAAGAAAGUCAAUAUAAAGGACGUCUAUACGUCAAGUUUCAACUCCAAUCCCACUGCCAUCAGCAAAAUUCUUUCGCUCUACCCAGUCUUUGCACUAUCGGCGAGUUUUCCAGUUAUUUGCAUCACUUUACGUGAAAACUUGAAGGCUCUAUUCAGGCGUGGGGAUGAACAGUUCUCUUGGCCGGUUGAAAGAAUUUUGAUUCCUUUAUGCGCAGUUUUGCCACCGAUAGCCAUCGCCCUUUGCACGACAGAUGUUGAAAUGUUGGUUGGUAUUACCGGUUCCUAUGCAGGUGUUGGUGUCCAAUACAUUAUUCCGACAAUGCUCUUGUACUAUGGGCGACAAAAGGCUUUCCAAACCUAUGAUACUUAUAAAAACGAGUUCGCCUCAUGGUUCAGGCAUAAAGUUUGGAUAUGGAUAAUACUUAUCUGGACGUUGUUUAGUGUUUCUGUUGUUACAGCGUUUCAUAUCAAAAAGAGAUCAUGAAAUGUUUUUCAAUUUCGUAUAUUGAGUGAAUAAACACUUCCGAAUUUGUUUGACGACAACUAGAGCUUGUUUAAUAAUUGUAUAAGAGCAUGUUGACCAGUCUCUUGUUUUUGGUGUGCAGUUGGGAACUGUUUAUUAGCCAAAUUUAUGCUUUUUUAUUUGAGUCUAUACAGCAAUUAAUAACUUAUGAAAUGUCUUUUCACCGCGAACCCCCCAGAUAAUCCCAGAUAAAUAUAUUGAGAAAGUGCGCUAAAAUGUAUUCACAACAGCCCGGCGCUGGUGUUCUAUCAGAGUCUAAAUUCUCCGUGCGGAAUCAAUCUAUCAAGUUAGAGAUGACGAUGAUGUGGUGGUUAAAAUUCUUUGCAUUAAGAAAUGCAUUCAACAUAUUAAAGAAAUUGUAUUUGUAAAAUCUAAAAGGUUCUAAACCACUAAAUUGUGACAUUGUUUUUCCAAAAAGGCUUGUAGAGGUGGAGUGAUUUGGUAUUUCCAUCGGCGUUGCUAGUGGUUAUGCUAUGUCGCGCAUACAGCUUGUCUAGAAAUCUCUUCAAAUAGAAAGUCGUCCUUUUGUUUUUUAGAAUUAUUUUUGGUAAAAUAUUUACAAAUAUUUUGGUAGAAUAUCGUAAUUAAAUUAUUUUUAUUCAUUUGCAUUCGUCACAAUUUUUCUUGUAAUUACAUAAUAAUGAGAAGAGAGAAGAAGACAAUAUCUUAAUGGAAAUUCUCCCUCAUCCUUAGAAAAAAACCUAACAUACCAGGGUUUACCAAUUUGAAAUACAUCGCUUUUACGGUUUACCUAUAUAUAA